GGCCGGGAAGCUGAGCUACUGAAGAACCUUCACCAUGAAGACUCGUUUCAGUUCCGUAGAUAUCUGUGCCAUCCUUUCCGAAUUCAAUUCCAGCUUGUUAGGAAUGAGAGUACACAACAUUUAUGAUGUGGAUAAUAAGACAUACCUUAUACGCCUUCAAAAACCAGACUUUAAAGUUACACUUUUACUCGAAUCUGGUAUACGAAUUCAUACAACAGAGUUUGAAUGGCCAAAGAAUAUGAUGCCAUCUAGCUUUGCCAUGAAGUGCCGAAAACAUUUGAAGAGUCGCAGAUUAGUUAGUGUAAAACAGCUUGGUGUGGAUCGAAUUGUAGAUUUUCAGUUUGGAAGUGAUGAAGCUGCCUAUCAUUUAAUCAUUGAACUUUAUGAUAAGGGGAAUAUUGUUCUUACCAACUACGAUUACCUAAUUUUAAAUAUCUUGAGGUUUCGAAGUGAUGAAGCAGAUGAUGUAAAAUUUGCUGUUCGAGAAAAAUAUCCAGUUGAUCAUGCUAGAGUAUUUGAACCAUUACUUUCAUUGGAAAGAUUAACUGAGAUAAUAUCCAGUGCACCCAAAGGAGAACAGUUAAAGAGAAUUCUUAACCCACAUCUCCCAUAUGGGGCCACUCUGAUUGAACACUGUCUUAGAGAAAAUGGAUUCUUGGGCAAUGUAAGAGUAGAUGAGAAAUUUGAAACUAGAGAUAUUGAAAAGGUACUUAUUUGUCUGCAGAAGGCAGAAGAUUAUAUGAAAACAAUGUCCAACUUCAGUGGAAAGGGGUAUAUCAUUCAGAAAAAAGAGAAAAAACCAAGCCUAGAGCCAGAUAAGCAGUCUGAAGAUAUACUCACAUAUGAAGAGUUUCAUCCUUUCUUGUUUUCUCAACAUUCCAAAUGUCCAUAUUUAGAAUUCGAAUCAUUUGAUAAGGCAGUGGAUGAAUUUUAUUCUAAGCUAGAAGGCCAGAAGAUAGACUUGAAAGCUUUACAACAGGAGAAACAAGCAUUGAAAAAGUUGGAUAAUGUCCGUAAGGACCAUGAGCACAGAUUAGAAGCCCUUCAUCAAGCUCAGGAAAUUGAUAAAAUCAAAGGAGAGCUCAUAGAAAUGAACCUACAUACAGUUGAUAGAGCUAUCCAAGUGGUUCGGAGUGCAUUAGCCAACCAGAUAGACUGGACAGAAAUUGGAUUAAUUGUAAAAGAAGCCCAGGCUCAGGGAGAUACUGUUGCAAAUGCCAUCAGAGAAUUGAAGCUGCAAACAAAUCAUGUCACAAUGCUUCUAAAAAACCCAUACCUAAUAUCAGAUGGAGAGGAAGAAGAAGAUGAAACUAACAUUGAGAAAGAAGAAACAGAAGAACCAAAAGGGAAAAAAAAAAAGCAAAAGAACAAACAGCUUCAGAAACUUCAAAAAAAUAAGCCAUUACUUGUUGAUGUUGAUCUCAGUUUGUCAGCCUAUGCUAAUGCCAAAAAAUACUAUGACCAUAAGAGACAUGCUGCUAGGAAAACACAAAAAACAGUUGAAGCUGCUGAGAAGGCAUUCAAAUCAGCAGAAAAGAAAACAAAGCAAACCCUUAAAGAAGUUCAGAUGGUUACCACCAUUCAGAAAGCAAGGAAAGUGUAUUGGUUUGAGAAGUUUUUAUGGUUUAUUAGCUCUGAGAACUAUCUCAUUAUAGGUGGAAGAGACCAACAACAAAAUGAAAUGAUUGUGAAGAGAUAUUUGACACCAGGGGAUGUUUAUGUUCAUGCUGAUCUUCAUGGGGCAACAAGCUGUGUAAUUAAGAAUCCAACAGGAGAACCAAUCCCUCCACGGACUUUGACUGAAGCUGGCACAAUGGCAUUGUGUUACAGUGCUGCCUGGGAUGCUCGAGUUAUCACCAGUGCUUGGUGGGUGUACCAUCAUCAGGUAUCUAAAACAGCACCAACUGGAGAAUACUUAACAACAGGAAGCUUCAUGAUAAGAGGAAAGAAGAAUUUUUUGCCUCCCUCGUAUCUUAUGAUGGGAUUUAGUUUCCUGUUUAAGGUGGAUGAGCCAUGUGUUUGGAGACAUCGAGGGGAACGGAAAGUUAGAGUUCAAGAUGAAGAUUUGGAGACAGUGGCUAGCAGCACUAGUAAGCUAGCUUCAGAAGAAAUGGAGCCAUUAGAUGAUGAUGGUAGCAGCAGUGGAGAUGAUCAAGAAGAGUCUUUUGAAACUUUAGAAGAAAAGGAGGUAAUAUCGAAAGAUGAUCUAGAGGUUGUUACCAUUCAGAAUGACAAAAACAGGCCUAAAGAAGGAUUAGCACAAGAAGAAAGUUCAGAUGAUGAUGAUGACGACAAUGAUGAUGAUGACGAUGAUAAUGAUAAUAAUAAUAAGGAGGAAGAGGAGGAAUCUCAAAAAACAGCGAAAGCAGCUCAAGAGGCUGCAAGUAAAAGAAAAGAGGAAUCUGAAAUGUCUUUAAAUUAUCCAGAUACUACAAUUGAUUUGUCUCACCUUCAAUCCCAAAGAUCCUUCCAGAAAAUAGUUGUGAGAGAAGAUUCUUCUGAUGUGAAUGACAGUAAAUUACAUGGCCGGAGGCAUUUGUCAGCCAAGGAGCGAAGGGAAAUGAAGAAAAAAAAGCAACCAAAUGACUCAACAGACUUAGAAACAUUGGAAGAAAAAGAAAAAGAAAAUACAUUAAAGACUGAAGUUUCUCCAAAUACAAGCAAAAAUGUUCCAGGUCCACAACCAAUGAAGAGAGGACAAAAGAGUAAAAUUAAAAAAAUGAAGGAAAAAUAUAAAGACCAAGAUGAAGAGGAUCGUGAACUUAUCAUGAAACUUCUAGGUUCUGCAGGUUCAAGCAAAGAAGAGAAAGGAAGGAAGGGGAAGAAGGGGAAAACAGGGAAAACAAAAGAAGAAGCAGUGAAGAAACAACCCCAGAAAUUCAAAAGUGAUCUGAAGAUUGCUGGCAGAAUUAAGAAGGAAACUCCUUUUCUUGAAGUUGUAACUCAUGAAUUACAAGAACUUGCCAUUGAUGAUCAGCCUGAUGACAAGGAAGAGCAAGAUACAGAUCAACAAGGAAAUGAGGAGAACCUGCUGGAUUCUUUGACAGGACAACCUCACUCUGAAGAUGUGCUGCUUUUUGCUAUACCAAUAUGUGCCCCUUAUACCACCAUGACCAACUAUAAAUACAAAGUGAAACUUACCCCUGGGGUCCAGAAAAAAGGAAAAGCUGCUAAAACUGCCUUGAAUACUUUCAUGCAUUCAAAAGAAGCAACAGCAAGAGAAAAAGAUUUAUUUCGUAGUGUAAAGGACACUGAUCUAUCAAGAAAUAUUCCUGGAAAAGUGAAAGUAUCUGCACCCAAUCUGCUCAAUACAAAGAAGAAAUAACUGAAACAAAACAAUAACAUAUUUGAAAGGUACUCAAAUGCUCAAAGUGGCCUUUACUAAAAAAUGAACUGAUGUUCUAGCAGGACUUCUUAGGUAAAUAGGCCGAACUAUGCAUUCUACAAAAUAACUUCCUCCAUUUCAAAUGGUAACAAUCAGUAUCUUAAUUGUAAGCUUAUACAAGUCUUUGUACAACACCAUAUAUAUAUGCACCUAUUCACCUAAAUUAAUAUGGAAUUUAGGUUACUAGUGAACCUUCAUUUCAUGUUGAAAUACUGAUUGAUAGACAGACAGACAGACAGAUAGAUAGAUAGAUAGAUAGAUAGAUAGAUAGAUAGAUAGAUAGAUAGAUAGAUAGAUAGAUAGACAGACAGACAGACAGAUAGAUAGAUGCUGCAGACCUAAAAAUUACCCUUUAACAAAUGUUCUUGAAUCAUACUCCUGUUUGAAGAAUUUUUCUCCUACUGUUAAUAGCUAAUUGAUUUGUACUCUUAACUAGGUAUCCAUAUGCAGUUUUUCCAUCUCUAAUCACUUCCUGGAGUUCCUGUUAGUACUAAGCUAUGAUGUGUUUAUAAAAAAAUGAUUGAAUAUGAUUCAUUUUUUCUUUCUGCCCUCAACCUCCCCCCUCUCCUCUAACUGCCCUAUGCCAGCCACAUCUGUUGGUUUGUAUCAAGCUUAGGUGUCUACAGCAUGCUGGCAUUUGUACUACUAAGGAAGGACAAUUACUAAAGCUCUCUUUUCCCAGAAUUAGUUGUGACAAUACUGCCAACAUUUUGUGAUUCUUCUGUUCAGUUCUUUGUCAAAAUAACAAUAAUAAUAAUUGGGGGGGGGGAGUAGAGAGAAUUCAUUAAAUGGAAUUUGUUUUUAUUAAAACUUUUCAUAGUUUCUUCUGCAACUUAGACAUAUUCAAGAAACACUUUUAAGGCUUUUCCAGUUGAAACUUAAAAACUAUCUCAGGAGAAUCUUUAAUUAUGAUAUGAUUAUGUACUACUGGGUUUUCAUAUUCUACCAUUUCAUUUCUCCAUUUCUGAAUGAUAUCAAAAUCCAAUGACCUUGAAAGUUAAAUUUCAAAUAAAUUAUUUUACCUUUUCUCUA